AUGGUUUCUGAGCUUCCUCGUUAUCUCGCGCAUCCAAUACACGGCGCGAUGAGCCCGGACGGCGGUGCUCCCUUGUUGGCCAAAUCCCUCUUCAUCAACAAUGCCAUGCACCUGACUAGCAUGGCGAUUUUAGUUUACGAUCACAUUAUAACUCUCGCAAUCGAGGUCGAGUACGUCUGGCUACGACCCAAGAACCGCGCCUCGCACGUGUUCUUUGUCUUCCGCUACACCGCCUUAAUCGUGACGGUCUUGGCCACCGUCCUCGGUCUAUGGACCGCGCCGCUCAAGGUACGCGAGACCACCUGCUCGCUUCACCGGCCGUUGACACACAUCUCCAGGCAUGCCGAGCGAUACGCAACUUUCGUUCUUAUCAUGCAGCGCGUCUAUGCAAUUUUCGGCAAGAGUAGGCGCGUGCUGUACGGCCUGCUGCUCUAUGCGGCAGUCGGGAGCGCGGUGAUCUUGUGGGCCAUUAGCACGCAGAAAUACGACAUGUCUCCUGGGGACGAGGCUUUGGAACCCGGGACAGGGCUGCGGUGCCCGGUGACAGUUUCCGGCGUGAACUCGAACCAUCUCUCCGCGAUAUGGAUCACCGUCAUGGUCUACGACUUCAUCGUCUUCGCGAUGACCACAUACAAGACGUUCGGAGCGCUGCGCGAGCCGCACAUGCCAAUUAUGCAGCUCUUGUUGAGGGAUGGUGCUAUAUAUUUUGGGAGCAUGUUCGCGCUGAACUUUGUCAACGUCUUGACCUAUUAUGUGCGUAGUCCUUCUCUCCAAGGCUUUCUCGUUCCUGUCGUUAGCUGCGUCUCCGUCGCCAUCCUCUCGCGCAUGAUGCUCCACCUGCAGGAGACCUCCGCAAACCGCUCGAAGCAAACUACGGGCGGCGUCGAGCUGACCACGCUGCCAUGGGUGGUCGCGCACUCGACUGUGGUGCUUGACUCGCUGGUGUGCUCGGAUCCGUCGUCGACGUCGGAGGUGGAGAGGCGAGCAACGGUGGAAGCAGAGGGACUGUGUACAACGGAGGCAGGAAGGCGAUGUACAACGGAGGCAGAAAGGCGAUGUACGGCGCAUGCAGGGAGACGAGAUACGGCGGAGGUUGCUAAGGCCGGAGGCUUGACGGAGAUUGUUUGA